AUGAUGUCUCUGUUGGAUUCAAGUCCACCACUGGAUAUGGACAAUGAGACAAUUCAGUCUAUCAAUGAGAUCCAGUUGGAUAAUGACACCGUGUUGGAGACAUGGACAUUCUCCUUGGACACCUUCAUUAUAGACUACUCAGACAUGAUGUCCCCUGGAGAGAAAGAGCAGCUCAUGUCUACCAGCACGACCGCGUUGCUGCCCAGCCUGUACCUGGUGGCCUUGGUGGUGGGUCUGCCGUCCAGCCUGCUGGCCCUCUGGGUGCUGCUGUUCCGCACCAAGAAGCAGCCCUCCACCAUCCUGCUCAUCAACCUGACCACCUGUGACCUGUUGUUGCUGGCUGUGCUGCCCUUCCGCAUCGCCUACCACUUCCAGGGCAACAACUGGACACUGGGUGAGCCCUUCUGUCGCCUGGUGAUGGCGCUCUUCUACGGGAACAUGUAUGGCUCCAUAAUGUGCCUGGCACUGAUCGCAUUUGACCGAUAUUUGGCUGUGGUUUAUCCGAUGGUUGGGUUGACUAUCCGCAGUCAUGGCCUGUCUAUGUGUAUGAGCGUGGCUGUGUGGAUCGUGGUGCUCACUGCUAUGGCACCUCUGUUAGCAACGCAGCAGACGUACCACAUCAACAACCUCAAUGUUACUACUUGCCAUGAUGCACAACACUUGGAAACACAGCGCAACUUCUUCCUGCCCUACUUUGCCAGUCUUUUUAGCAUUUGCUUUGUGCUGCCACUGCUGGUGGUGAUGGUCUGCAAUGGCUGCGUCAUCUGCACACUGGUUAGAGCUGGCAAGUGCUAUAGGCACGCCAUUUUUGUCACUGUGCUGGUGAUGGUGGUUUGUGUGGUGUGUCUGCUUCCCAGCAAUGUCCUGCUAAUCGUGCACAACCUCCAGUGGCUAGCAGAGAAAGAAGACUUCUUUGUGGACUCUGAAAACUUAGACAGUCUCUACAAGCCCUACCUGCUGUCUCUGGCUCUCAGCACCUUCAACAGCAGCCUGGACCCCUUCAUUUUCUACUACGUGUCUGAAGACUUCCGCGAGAAGGUACGCCAGGCCCUGUGCUGCAAGGAACCACUCAAGCCUGUCAUCUCCAGCCAGCAGGACAGAGACACGUCCACCAUGUCCUAUCAGUCUAAGGUGCCCACCUCUGCUGACCAUCUGUCCACCUCUGGUCAAGUGUCGGUGACUACCGACACCCCUUGCUCGAAUGGAGAGGUAGUGUAG